AUGGCAGCAAAAAAAGAAUUUAAGAUACAAUUAGAAGAGCAAAGAGUCUACUUUCCUAGCGAUAUUAUAAAAGGGCAAGUUAUACUUGAUCUGAAAAAACCAGUGGAUGUCUUGCAUAUAUCAGUCAAUUUCCAAGGCAUCAUUGAAGGAUGCGGAGACAAAAACACAAUCAUAAACGAGACAGAGCUCUUGGCCAAGCCAAAAGGAGACCAAAAAUACACUACAUUCACUACAGGACAAUUACAUGCCUUUAGUUUUCAAUUUAGUGUGCCCAAACAACUGCCAAGCUCUUUUGAUUGUAUCCCUAAAAUAGCCAAAGUGAGCUAUUUUUUAACAGCGAGCCACAAAAAGCCAAAGUUCAAGCUAUCGCAUUCACUGUCGACUAUCAUAGAAGAUGUUCAAAUUUUGGAUAGGAUUGACAUUGCUUUGCCAGAAUAUGCUUUACCUAUCAAGAUGAUGAAUGAUUUGGGGUUUGUAAAUAGUAGCAAGUUAACAAAUUGGAGCCUCUCGAUUCUGAAAUCUGCUUACAGUCCAGGCGACAAAAUUAGAAUAGAGUGCAAUUUCAACAAUUUCCCUUUGAUGGAUAAGCCCAAGGCUGUGCAAUUAUCUUUGAUAAGACAAAUCCACAAGACAAGUACAGCCAAAAUUGCUGACAGCAAAAUACUUUCAACCAAGACCAUCGAUCUUAAUAUUGUUAGCGAAUCAAGUAUUUUGACACAACUAGUCAACCUAAAAAUACCUCACAAUACACCACCUAAUGUCUUUCCCAACAAUGGACGUAUUUUGAGCAUAUCAUACAUGAUUCAGGCAGAGCUGAAUAUGAAGAAUGUCAAAACACCUAUAGAACUAAAGCCUACUUAUUCGCAAGAAAUAGCAAUUGUCGUAGGAACUAUUGGAGGAGAGUCGACUAUAGCUCCCAAAACCACUACACAGACAUUUGAAAAUUUCUCUCGAGUUUCAUUACAAACAACAUCGCCAAAAACAAGUUGUGAACCAGGUAUAAAAGAAGAGUUCAAUCAAUCAGCAACGAGUUUGCCAUCAACAAGGUUUAGUCCUAUUUCUUCACCUGAGCUUAAGCCAUUGGCAAGGCUGAGCGAGAACCAAUUACUUAAAUCACCACGAUCCUAUCUCUUGUCAAACAACUCUUCAUUUUCCUCUUCAGCUUCAGCUUACACAACAUCUUCAACACCAAUCUCAUUAGCUUCCUCUGCUUAUCAACAAGCAUUCGAUGACUAUAUACCCGAAGCAUUAACAAGAAAAGAAUCACUGUCACCUACGGAUCCUUUACCCUCUGUAAAAGAACAAAAUGAGCUAAUGGAUAGCUAUGUAGCUAAAAAACCAAGUCAAAAGAGACAAUCCUCUUUACUCGUCUCUCUAUCUGAUCUUCCUCCUAAACUUCCGCCUAGGAAGAAUAUGGUGACGAUUUUGUCUGUUCCCCAUGAGAUUGGUCCUGAUGAUAUUAUCACUCGAGAAACAACAGAUGAAAAGUUAGAAGUAUGCUCUUUGCCUAGUUUACUUCAUAGAAACGACACCCUCUCUACGUCUUCCUCAGCCGGAUUGAUGGAGGACUUAUUUCCAGAUGGACGCACUUUAGUCAGUGAUCCUUUACAAGUAACAAAUACAAUUAUAUUAAAUUAA